GAACAAGAGUUUUCGUCGGAGUUGUGCGGUAGCGAAAACUACGACAACCCUUUAGAAAUGAAUAGGUUUAGAAAGAAGAGAACUAUCGUUGAAGAAGUUGCCGCAAAGGAGCCGGACCUUAAUGCACGGCCCAACAAACCCGUUCUUAAAAAGCCAGGAGCCCCAAAUCGUUUAAAAUUAAUACAGCGUAAAAUUAAAUCGGCAGCUGCGGGUAAUUUACCCUCUCGUUUGACUGAUGACAGCGAGAGUGACACUGAUAUCCAGUACCGAGACGAUAUCCCGUCUCCGCACACUAAUCCUGCUAUCGCUAGUCGUCUCCUUCCUCAACGUUUUGCGGACGAAGAUGACGAGGAUGUUCCUCUAUCUGGUCUUGCUGCACGGGUUAAUCGGCGCGAUACGUUGGCCAAGCGUUUAGAUGUCCCUGACCCUGUAGACGAUAUUCCGAAUCAGACGUCUGAUGAUAGACGUCUUCUUAUGCACAAAGCUAGCAUUAAAUUGGAAAGGAAAUUGAGUGAGCGACCUUCUGCAGAAGAACUAGAACAGAGAAAUAUAUUAAAAGCGAAAGACGGGUCAAUUUCUUCAAAGAAGGCCAUGGAAGAGACCAAGAGAAUGCUUCUGAGAAAGCUCAGUUUUCGACCGACAAUCCAAGAGCUAAAAGAUAAGCAGAUUAUCAAAUUCAGUGAUUACGUUGAAGUAACUGAGGCAGAUGUCUACGAUCGUAAAGCUGAUAAGCCUUGGACGCGUUUGACUCCUACGGACAAGGCUCUUAUUCGGAAGGAACUGAACGAUUUUAAAGCAACUGAGAUGGAUGUUCAUGAAGCAAGUCGAGUUUUUACUAGGCAUGCAUUUAGUUACUUAAUUAUAUUAAGAAAGGCUUGA